GGAGGAUAAUCAACACUCCAGGAAGAUAUUUUAAACAAAAGCUACGAUGGACACGGAAGAAUUUCGAAAACGUGGCAAAGAGAUGGUGGACUACAUCUGUGAUUAUUUGGACACCAUAAAUACCAGACGCGUCACACCGGAAGUGCAACCAGGAUACCUGAGUCAGAUACUUCCGUCACGCGCUCCGAAGAAAGGAGAGGAAUGGGAUGAAGUAAUGAAGGAUGUAGAAAGGGCUAUCAUGCCAGGGAUUACCCACUGGCAGCAUCCCCGAUUCCACGCCUACUUCCCCGCCGGCAAUGCCUAUGCUUCAAUACUUGGUGAUAUGCUGUCAAACGCCAUUGGGUGUGUAGGAUUCUCAUGGGCCGCGAGUCCCGCCUGCACUGAAUUAGAAUGUAUAGUAUUAGACUGGCUCGGUAAAAUGAUAGGACUGCCCAAUAUGUUUCUCCACGAGCACGGGUCCGGGGGAGGAGUCCUGCAGGGGUCGGCCAGCGACUGUGUCCUCCUGGCACUCUUAGCCGCACGAUAUCAAGCCAUCAAACAACUCAAAAAUAUGUAUCCUUUCGUUGAGGAAGGGCUAUUGUUGUCGAAGUUAGUCGCCUAUUGUUCAACACUGGCUCAUUCAUGUGUUGAGAAGGCCGGCAUGAUAGCAUUCGUCAAGAUACGCCAGUUAGAUGUUGAUGACAAGUACUCACUGCGGGGAUCAACAGUCGCUCGGGCGAUUGAGGAGGACAGGAAGUUAGGGCUCAUACCAUUUUUCGUAUGUGGCACUCUCGGGACGACGGCUUGUGUCUCAUUCGACAACUUGGCAGAGAUUGGCCCCGUUUGUAGCAAGGAGAACGUCUGGCUUCACGUGGACGCAGCCUAUGCCGGAAGUGCUUUUGUUUGUCCCGAGUUUCAAUAUUUGCUAAAGGGAAUCGAGCAUGUAAAGUCGUUCAAUAUGAAUCCAAACAAAUGGAUGUUGGUGAAUUUCGACUGCUCUGCGUUUUGGGUAAAAGAUCGAGAUAUCUUAACGACUGCUUUGACUGUUGAUCCGCUGUAUCUUCAACACCACCAUGGAGAAACUGCAAUAGAUCUUAGGCACUGGGGUAUCCCGUUAAGCCGUCGAUUCCGAGCGCUGAAGAUCUGGUUCGUCAUUCGAAACUAUGGCGUAGAGGGAAUACAGAAGUACAUCCGAGAACAUUGCAGGCUUGCCAAGAAGUUUGACGGCCUGGUAAGAAAAGACAAUCGGUUCGAACUUAUCGGCGAGACGAGAAUGGGACUCGUUACAUUUCGGCUCAAGGGAUCAAACACUGUGACCCAAUGCCUGCUUCGUGCGAUCAACGAAAGCGGUAAAAUCCACAUGGUUCCGGCUUCCAUUAAUGAAGCGUACUUCAUACGAUUCGCCGUCUGCGCGAGGAACGCAGAUGAUGAUGACAUCACUUAUGCGUGGGACGUCAUCACAGAAAUUGCUGACGACAUACUAGAGACGAGUGACAACAAAGAUGAUGACAUGGUCACUAUUGAUGACGAAGAGGUCUUCAAUUUUGAUUUUUCAAUAGAUGAGAACAAUUGUGGGAAGAAAGAGAUCCCCGAUGAUUUGAAUGUCACGCGUUUACGGCGCAACGCGUUCCUAAAAAUGAUCUCCGAUCCCAAGUGCUACAACCCUAAGGUACUAAAGUCUCUUUCCUACCACACCCGAAAGAAUCGCACGGUCUCCCAGUCCUCUUGUGACUGCGCCACGGGCUACAUGGGCGGCAGAGGGAGGGACGCCGGCACUCCCAUCUAGGGCCUAACCCGCCCCUGUCUGGGCGUCGUUCAUCCAGUUUGCAUAAUAUUGUAAAGAUCUUUGCCAGAGUUCCGGCGUAUAAGCUUGUCGUUCUUCUGAUCUUUCCAAAAGUUUCUUAAGUUUUUCUGAAGGCUUAGGGGCUGCUGAUUACCACAUCUAAAAUCGUACUUAAGUGUAAUGAGCGGAACAUUGUUUAUUUUUGAACUCGUCAUGUUAUGCCGAAUUGUGCACAAAAUCCAUUAGAUUUGACGUUUUUAAAGUUACAUUUGACAAGCAUUUUAGCUGGCCAACAUGUAUCUGACUGAGAAGUGUGAUAUUUAUAUCUAGUGGUAAUACAUUUAUAUAGAAGUCCUUGAAUAUUGCAAUGGACAUUCACGGAAGGACUCUAUUCAACAUGAAAAUAAACAAUGUUCCUGUAUUCAUACUUCAGUACUAUAGUUCUAGAUGUUAUUCGUUAGCCAAUAAGCUUUCAGAAAAUUACAAUCGUACCACCCUUGGCGGACACCUCUCUAUUAAGGGCAGGACCUAAAUUUGUUUGUUCCAAUAAAUUUGACCAAUGUAAUCAGGACACCUCUCUGCUAAGGACAUCACUUGACAGUUCGGAGGGCGUCCUUAAUAGAGAGGUUAUACUGUAGUUGUGGGUCAAAUCAUACAUUUUCUGAUGGGACUAUUGUAACCUUGAGGACUUGUGCUUCUUCGUCAGUCUUAACAGGUAACUCUGGGAAAUGUUUACAAACUGGAUGAAAAUGUCUUUAACUUGUUAUCUGGUGAAACAAAUCAGACAGGGUGCAGGGUAUAACCCGGGGUGCUACUCACAGCCAUGACUUGGAGAUACUUUUGUGGUGAUAUAUGUUUGACCCUUUCAAGGCGCCACUUAUCCUGACUUCAUUUUUCUGUACCGCCUAAGUGUAGUGUGAAUUAAAACUGCCUGACGGAAUUGACUUUUUGAAACUCGCCCUCCACCACCUUUUCAUUACCCGUUCCCAUCUUUUUACUCAUCUUAGAGCUGCAUGGCCGUUACCGGUUGAUUUAACACUCCGUGAUUUACUCCGGGCCCUAGGUCAUUUUUUGUUCUUGAAGAGUGUAUAAUUGUAUCAUUGAAGCCAGAUUUUAAACGCGAGGUCUUGAAAGGGUUAAACUGUAGAUGUUAAAAAUAAAAUAUGACAGAAACGGGAAACUUAUUGAGUGUUUUAAUCAUACAUUUUGGUGUCUUAAUGAUAAGUUUGUAAGGGGCCGCACAUUUCGUAGGUACGCAGCAAAGGAAAAGGCUCUAAUUUUGUAAAUUGUACUAGAUUUAUUGGGUAUACGCGUGCGUACAGGACGUUUGGGGGGGGGGGGGGGUUAUUUAGGCCGACGAAGGCUUGUCAAAGGGACCUUCGUUGGUAAUUUAUCUCGAUGUCUAGUUUAUCGCUGUCCCUUAAGGCGGGUAGUGGUUUGCUGAUGAUUUUUCAUGUUGAUCCCGAAUUGGAAAAAAUAUGUAUUUUCGUUGCUGUAAAGUAAAAAGAGGGGUGUCGAAUCCCGAUUCCCGUGUAGAGGGCGCUUCGGAUGGCAUCCGUAAAUGACUGGGCAUCAACUUGUAGAACGUUCGUGACAAUGCUGAUAUGUACCGAACCACCCUCUACACGGCAUCUCUUUGAAGUCUAUAUUGACUAUCUAUGUAUGUACAUGUAUAUAUAAUAUCAAUAAGAAUCAU